GCUGACAGUCACCCCCACCACAUCCUCCACCGCCACGCGCUGCUGCCGCUGCUGUACGAAUAUCUUGAAUGGGAGGACAACGUAGGAAAAUACUCCCCCCCCACCUUCAGUGAAUGACUGGACGCACCGCGGACAACCCGCCGCCCACAUCUGACAUUUUCUUUGCCCGACCGUGAUACCUCCUGUGUGUCAGAGGAGCCAAAGGGACGCUGUUGAGAGGAGUUGACGUCAAGCCUGCUUUUCUGCCCUCAACAGCAUCACCGGUAUAUAAAGUGUCCCGUGAUGAGACAGAACAAACCAGAGUCUGCUUUGAGGAACAACCUGAAUUAAGAAGGAACUGGCGAGGGGCAGUUGCUGUUUUUGUGUCUCCAUUCAUUCACAAAGCUUGCUGCAUUCGCGAGCAGCCCACUGCUCUCUUCAGUCGUUUCUGCCUUCCCCCAAGUCUGUUUCUGCUCCCAGGUAACCUGUGGGCAUCACUCAGCACGUUCAGAGCCUCAGGACAGACAGACUGACUCAGGCGCUUUCACGCACCAGCUAUCAUUAGAGGCUCUGUGGGAAAAGAUUAACGUCCACCAGCCAGUGAACAAGCCAUGCUUAUCGGAUCCCCCCAUGGCCGUGCCACUAUGACCAUCACCCUCCUCCGGUCCCAGCUGAUGUUUGCUCUGGCCCUGACUGUGCUUCUCUGCCCCUUGGCCCAAGUGACAGCACAGGGGGACAGUGAGACACAUUCCCCAGCCCAGGUGCUCCAGGACCUGCUGGCCCGCCAUGGAGACAACAACACUAUCACAGUGCCCCAGCUUCGCGCCUUGUUGGCCCUCCUUAGCGAGGGCCAGGGUGAAGGUGACGGUGAGAGCAGCAAAGGGUCAGAGAUGACUACAGCUACACCUCAGAAAACUAACAGCUCCAAGUGCUUGCCUGCAGACACGCUAGCUAUUUACAGCAUCGGUGAGCAGUCACGGCUGGAUGGGCAGGGCUUACAGGAGCUGUGCCCAACUAUGCUGCAGCAGUUGGAUGCCGGCACCUGCAAGGCGCAAAAUAAGGAGGAGCAGAGCGGUGACCCCUCCCUCAGACCCACAGAUGCUGAAGUGUGGGGUUAUGGGAUCCUGUGUGUGACACUGAUCUCUCUGUGUUCGCUGGUCGGGGCCAGCGUGGUGCCCUUCAUGAAGAAAACCUUUUACAAGCGACUGCUGCUCUACUUCAUAGCCCUGGCCAUUGGCACGCUCUACUCCAACGCCCUGUUUCAGCUCAUCCCAGAGGCCUUUGGUUUUGACCCCAUGGUGGAUUUGUACGUGUCCAAGUCUGCGGUGGUGUUCGGAGGCUUUUACCUCUUCUUCUUCACUGAAAAGGUCCUCAGAGUGCUUCUCAAACAGAAACAGGGUAGCCACGGUCACAGUCAUUAUCCCGGUGUAGAUCAUUACUCAACACCUGACGGGGAUGUGGAGGAGGGGGAGAAGGAGAAGCUGCAGCAGAACGGAGAAGCCAGCAGUCUGGCUCUGGGCAAGGUGGAUGCAGGGGAGGGUGAGCUCAUGCUCAGUCCUGCACAGACACCACAGGACUCCCAGAGCCCAGACAGUGCCGGGCGGUCAGGCAGCGGUGGUGGGGGCUGCUAUUGGCUGAAGGGGACGUCUUACUCUGACAUUGGGACACUGGCCUGGAUGAUCACGCUGAGCGAUGGCCUGCACAACUUCAUAGACGGCUUGGCCAUCGGCGCCUCCUUCACCGCCUCUGUCUUCCAGGGCAUUAGCACCUCUGUGGCCAUCCUGUGUGAGGAGUUCCCCCACGAGCUGGGAGACUUUGUGAUCCUGCUGAAUGCUGGCAUGAGCAUACAGCAGGCACUGUUCUUUAAUUUCCUGUCAGCUUGCUGCUGUUACCUGGGCAUGGGCUUUGGCAUCCUGGCGGGCAACAGCUUCUCCCCCAACUGGAUCUUUGCCCUGGCAGGGGGAAUGUUCCUCUACAUUGCUUUGGCAGACAUGUUUCCAGAGAUGAAUGAAGUGAGUCGUGAGGAAGAGGACGCAGGCGGCAGCAGCUUCCUACUUACCUUUGCCAUCCAGAACGCCGGCCUGCUGACAGGCUUCUCCAUCAUGCUCCUCCUCACCACCUACUCAGGACAGAUACAGCUGGGCUAGCACCAGGCUCCUCUGGACCGACACCGGUGUGAAAUGAAACUGAGAUCUCAGUCAGCUGGUUUGUGCUGGUGUAAACUGACCCCAAAAAGAGAACUUUUUUUUUCUCUUUGUUGUCCUCCCAUUGUCAGUUUGCAGGACCCUGGAGUUUUGGGAGUUUUGCUGUUGUGCGGCAGGUACGCACAGUCCUCUUGUCAAAAAUAAUUGAGUAGCCGUGGAUGCACAGUUCUCAGAUGCAGUAGAUCCCAGGCAGAAAGGGCGGCAGCCUUCUUUUUUAAGUUUUAUUAAGCCUUUUCUUACAGCUGCUCCCUCUACAGUCUAGAAAUAUCAACAGAAGCAGCGUUCAGCCUUCAGAGACGAGUUAAAGAAGUGUGACUCCCUGGCUGAACAUGAACUGACGUGCAAUACUCACCCAGUCGCUCAUACAUUUCUCUAUUCCCCAGACUACUGAUCAGACAUUUGAAUCAUUGCUCUUAUUUUUCUCUCCUCUCGCUCUUCCCUCAGUGAAUGUUAUUGAGCCUCAACUGUUGAGAUUUAGUGGAAACAGAGUAUUUAUAUCACACAUCCUCUAUGCCUGUAACCCUCCCUCAGGAGGUGGGAGAAGCACAAUCAGGUAGCAGCAGCUGUAUUAUUGACAUCAUUGAGAAUAUAGCCCACUCCCCCUCCUCUCUUUUUUCAUUCCAUACCAAAAACAAAUCGGACCUGAACUGGAACUAUAAUCAUGUGUCGACAUCAAAAAGACUUCCAGCUGGACUUUUGAUGUUUGUGUGUUGAUGUUCUAUUUUUUUAUAUGUGGAAAAACAUGAAAAAUGAUCAGACCAAAUAUGGGCCGACCAUUGAGAAUGGUGAAGGGCUACAUGGUGGUGUUUGAAAAGGACACAGUUUUAUUUUUUCCCUCAGUAAGGACUCCAGUCUGCAUCCACAACAUGCAGUUAAAAUGUCCUUUAUUGAUACUGGGUUAGAUGUGUAAAGUGCAGAAUUUCGUAAUAGUGGCGUUAUACAGAUCAGACGGAUCAACACUCAGCAUGCACAUUGCUGCAUUUCUCCACAUAGUUUACCAUCUGUGCCCUUCAUUGAUAUAGCAUUCAAAAGUUGUUCUCUUUAAUGUCUUGAAAACAAAGUGCAAAUCUCUGGUCAUCCCAUAAACUAUUUUCCCACAAUGAUUUAUUCUUUUACUGCACAGUGAGGGUUUUAACAGCAUACUGUAAACUGAAUCAUAUAAACAUGCAUACUUUGCCUACCGGUCCGUGACCUUAUCCAUAUUAAUCACACAUAAUUAAGUUAGAUACCAUGUCUACUUAGGUUUUUAUGAAGAAAACAUCUGUCAGAGUUACACCAUAUGGUCAAAAGUAUGUGGACAGGCUUGUUUCUAUUAUUAUUUGAACUUUGGGGUUUUUAUUUUUUUCCAAUUUUCCUUCUCAAAUAGAGACAUCUCUGAAAGACCAAGAGGAUAAUUGGUCAACACUUACUGCUGUCCUUAAGUUCUCCUGAAAGACUCCUCUAACCAGCUACAUAAAAAAUAUUGUCUGCUGCAGGAUUUAAUGAAGAAGAUAAAAAGGUUGUUACCCAGUUUCCCCAAGUUGCAGCUGAACUGUGGCCCUGGUUCCAAUGAAGAAAAAUCUCAAGAGCUGUGACAGUUAUUUGAUGAAUCCAGUAGCGAAUCAACAUUACAUUUAACAGCUUCUAUUUUGGUAAUGGAUGAAAUUAUUAUGUAAUGUUUUGUUGAGCACUUGUUGAGCACUUGUUCCAGCCUCUCAAAUGACAAGAUGUGAAACACUGACCCAUCAGUGCAAUGUUAGGUUUCCACAUACUUUUGACCAUGCAGAGUAAUUCAAAUCUGAGGGGAACCAGUGAAAAAUAGUUAUCAGAGGCUUCAGGGGAGUUUGAUGGGUCUCUGUUAAUCCAUAUUUACUGAGAUCUUACAGUGGUAUUCAGAGUGCAGCAGUGCACAGAUUUUUCUCCAUAGAAUAAAAUAUUAGAAUUAUGAUAAUGAUCCAUUACCAGAAGCAUUCUUUUUUGUAAUUCUAUAUUACUGUAGAAUAGAGCUGUAGUUUAUUAUUUAUUAGAGAUAGAAUCAGGAAGCCAUUAUUGUCUGUCAAAUUGUAUACUGUAGGUCUGCUAUAAAUAAUGUGUUAAUCCUGGAUGGAGAGGGCAAGCCAUUAAAACAGGUACCAUAAGGUACAGUAUUACUGCUGCUUGAAAUGUAAGAUGAAGAUUAUUUAUUGUUGUUUGAGCCAUAAAUGUUUAUUUCAUGUUUACACCCAAGAUGACAUAUUCAGUUGAGCUUUACACCACAAGCCAUGAAAGCAGUCUGUUUGUUUGUUUGUAUGUUUGUUUGUUUAUCUUUGCUUAAGUAUUUUAUGUUGUGUAAAUGGGACACCUGCUGGAAUACGUAAACUCUUAUUGCAUUGCACAUUUUAACUGUAUGCCAGAGCAUAUAGUCUGGUAUUCAUGGUCAGUUAUGAUAAUCUAAAUGUGAUGGUGUUAAGGUCAGACACAAACCAAUAACUUCAGGAGCACACCAACAGCAAGAAGCUUUAUUUGUGUAAAAACUCUUACUUCAAAAAAAAAUUACACAACAAACCAACCAAUGAUUGACUUUGUGGAGAUUUAAAUAAUUUAUGGAUGUGCUUUCAGACUUUUAUUGCAUCACUCUGAAAAAUAUUGUACCUGAUGUGGUUAAUGAGAAUCCUCAUUCGCCUUCUCUCUGUAUCAUGGAAAUAGUGUUUUUUCUCCUUUUUUUUUUUUAUAAACAUCUUUUUCCAAGAAAA